AUGCGAGAAAGAUUAUUAGUACCGGUAUCAAGACGAUACAGGCGGACCAAGCAGCCACUUUCGAAAAGUCAUAGAACUUCACCCAACAAAGUAUUGCGAUUUCCAAUAAAAAUAAUAAAAGUCCUAGCAGAGUGGAAAAUGCCCAUGCCACUUCGAUGUACCAGUGUAGACGCUCGUGUGGAGAUUCGUGUACUAAGCUUAUACUAUGCAGAUUGCACACAGCUUCAAUGUUCGGCAAAAUACAUGUCGAUAUCAUUAAGGCUAGCAUGUGAACAGCAACCAGCAAUGUAGUACAUAUGGCGAAGGCGAUUAGCAUUUCUGAAGGUACUUUUGUAUCAGAGUUCAACUGUACUUCUACCAUAGCUACCUGCAAAAAAAAAAAAUUUAUUUAUUAAUACACACUAACAUAAGGUAUUUGAUAAAUGAAUUUAUAGUUUAAAUAAUUAAAUUAAAUUGUUAUAAUCCACUGUUACGUACAAUCGUCAUUUUUUAAAUAAUAAUUUUAUAAUAUUUUUAUAUGGAGAAUCGACUCGAGAAUCUUUUAA